UGUGUAUAGAUAUAGAGCUGGAUUUAUUGCGCAAAGUUUUUUACAUGUUAUCUGUAUAUAAGACAUAAAAGAUUAACGUAACAAACAUAUUGAGUCAAGUGCUGUACAUUUUGAUAGACUUAUAUUUAGUUGGGAUUUUAACAAUGGGUCUAAGACAUUACUGGAGAGACACCCCAAAGGCCAAUAAUCCUCCUCCUGAAAUAAAAAAGAGACAUUGGCUUAAGCCUUUUGUCUUUUUGACAUGUGUUACAGGAUUUCUUUUACAACUGAUAGCUGUGAUAUAUAUAUGGGUAGAUUUUUGCGACACUGUACCAAAAGAUAGAUCCUACUGCAAGGGGGAGAAUGACUCUUCUAGAAACUACACCAUUCAAGAGGCAGAAGGGGUCGGGAUAUAUGCAGGGUUUACUACUUUUGUAUUGAUGACCCUCUUUUUUGAGCUGUUUACUCUCAUCAUGGUGAGCUGCAAAAUCAAGUAUUGUGUUAAACACAUAUGUGUGCCUGGCUGGGUCAAUUUAUGGGAGUGCUGUGUAUGCUGCGAAGGCAACGGCUGGUUCAUCAUGGCUGGAAUAGGAACAUUUUUCAAAAUGAUCAGCAUUAUCAUUGUAUGCGCUACAAUUCCAUUUGAUGAUAUGAUAAGUUACUUCGUUGGAUUCAGAAUUGUGUUUGCAAACAUGUGGUUUGGUUUCAUACAGCUAGUGUUAUGGUGUGCCUAUAUGAUACACAGAAAAAGUUGUUGUCCGGAUGCGGCAUAUUUUCUUGGUUCUAACAGAAGGUUAUCAGAAGGUGGGAUAAAAGUAAUUCGAAUUGUCAAUGAAAAGACAGUCAACGAACAAGGAAGACUAAUAAGUAAACGGGCAGUAGUCAGGAUAAACCACGGGAUAAGAGACGUGCAACCUGCAUGUGUGCACAUAUAAUAUGUCUUAUGUACGAUAUAAGCAUAUCAUUACAAUGUAUGGCUGUGAAGAUGUGCAGUGAUAAAUAAAUUAUAACAUAAAUUGACUUCAAAUAAUUUUUUUGCUUUAAUUAUAUUUUUUGAGGUAAGUGUGUAAUUUGUUUUAUGUACGAUUUUACCAUACCAAUACAAUGUAUCACUGUGUGGAUGUGCACUGAUAAAUAAAUAAUA